UCUCUUUCUCACCUCUCUCCCAUCCUUGACAACCCAUCCCUGAAAUUUGAUUUCUCAGUUGAACAAUUCUGAACCCAGCUUGAAAUAUCGAGGGAAAUUGUCAUUUAAUGGAUACAUUACUGAAAACACAUAACAAGCUCGAGUUUCUGCACCCACUUCAUGGGCUUUCAGAGAAAGUGAGUAAUUGGAACUCUUCAAAGCAGGAGCUUAGAUGUGGUCUCAGGAAGUCCUGUAGAACUGGCCGUGUUAAGGCCAGAAGUAGUGCUCUUCUGGAGCUGGUGCCUGAAACCAAGAAGGAGAAUCUCGAAUUUGAGCUUCCCUUGUAUGACCCAUCAAAGGGUCUUGUGGUGGACCUUGCAGUCGUGGGAGGCGGCCCUGCAGGGCUUGCCGUGGCACAGCAAGUCUCCGAGGCAGGGUUAUCUGUUUGCUCGAUUGAUCCCUCUCCCAAGUUAAUCUGGCCCAACAAUUACGGUGUUUGGGUGGAUGAGUUUGAGGCCAUGGAUUUGCUUGAUUGCCUCGACACUACCUGGUCUGGUGCUGUUGUGUUCAUAGAUGAACAUUCGAAGAAGGAUCUUGAUAGGCCUUAUGGGAGGGUUAAUAGGAAGCAGCUCAAGUCCAAAAUGCUGCAGAAAUGCAUUUCAAAUGGUGUCAAGUUUCAUCAAGCUAAAGUCAAUAACGUUAUUCACGAGGAGGACAAAUCACUCUUGGUUUGCAGUGAUGGCGUCACAAUUCAAGCUACUGUGGUUCUUGAUGCAACAGGCUUUUCAAGAUGCCUUGUGCAGUAUGAUAAGCCUUACAAUCCAGGUUACCAAGUGGCGUAUGGGAUUUUGGCAGAAGUUGAAGAACAUCCUUUUGAUGUGGAUAAGAUGGUUUUCAUGGAUUGGAGAGAUUCACAUUUGAGGAAUAGUCCUCAACUGAAAGAGAGAAAUAGUAAGAUCCCUACUUUUCUAUAUGCAAUGCCUUUUUCAUCCAAUAGGAUAUUUCUUGAAGAAACGUCCCUAGUUGCUCGGCCAGGACUACCCAUGAAAGAUAUCCAGGAAAGGAUGGUUGCUAGAUUGAAACACCUAGGCAUAAAAGUUAAGAGCAUCGAAGAGGAUGAGCAUUGUGUCAUUCCGAUGGGCGGGCCUCUACCGGUGCUCCCUCAAAGAGUUGUUGGAAUUGGAGGUACAGCUGGGAUGGUGCACCCUUCAACAGGGUAUAUGGUCGCGAGGACUCUGGCAGCAGCUCCUAUUGUUGCAAAUGCAAUAGUUCAGUACCUUGGUUCUGGUAGAAGUAUUUCAGGAAAUGAACUGUCAGCAGAAGUGUGGAAAGAUCUAUGGCCCAUACAAAGGAGGAGACAAAGGGAGUUCUUCUGUUUUGGCAUGUCCAUUCUGCUCAAGCUGGAUUUGAAUGCCACAAGAAGGUUUUUCAAUGCAUUUUUUGAUCUAGAACCUCGUUAUUGGCAUGGAUUCUUAUCAUCUCGACUGUUUCUUCCUGAUCUUCUUUUCUUCGGCCUUUCACUGUUUUCUCAUGCUUCAAAUGCUAGUAGGCUAGAAAUAAUGGGAAAGGGUACUAUUCCUUUGGUAAAGAUGAUCAACAACUUGAUACAGGAUAGAGAUUAGGAUGAGUGAUACUAUUUGUAUAAUGCAAAUCAUGUUGGUAAGCCUUCAAAAUACAUACGAUUGCUAAUACUGUGGAAAAUCAUUAUGAAUCAGCUACUUUUCAGAAG